AUGGCGUCGGAAAGCGUUCGGCCUGAGCGCGGUACAAAGCGCCAGCUUGAGCAGGAUGAAGUUUACCCCGAGGACGGCUACGACUCGGACCCUCCGGCAACGGCCGUGCCGCCGGCCAUGUCCAUGUCGGAAUCGCAAGUAUCGCUGCACCAGCACGGCGGCGGACUCGGCACGCCGACCGGCGCAAAGACAAACAUCAGCGGAUUUUCAGAGCUGUCGGACAAGAUCCAGUCGGUCAUGAACAAGGAUGGUCUGGGCUGGCCAGAGGCGGCCAAAAAUGAGGAGCGUCUUGCGGGCGCCGUCAAGACGAUUCUCGAGUGCCUUGGCGAAGACCCGGAGCGCGAUGGACUUCGUGAUACCCCCAAACGCUACGCACGUGCCUUGCUGUGGAUGACACGGGGCUACGAGGAGCAGCUGUGUGAUGUGAUCUCCAACGCAAUUUUCGACGAGGACCACGACGAAAUGGUGAUUGUGCGCGAUAUUCCCGUGUACAGCCUCUGUGAGCACCACCUCGUCCCCUUCACAGGCAAGAUCCACAUCGGCUACAUCCCCAACCGCAUGGUCAUCGGCCUUUCGAAGCUGGCCCGCAUUGCUGAGACGUUUGCUCGGCGGUUGUCUGUGCAGGAGCGCCUUACGCGCCAGGUCGCCCUCGCUCUGGACGAAGCGCUCAAACCCCGUGGCGUUGCUGUCGUUAUGGAGUGCGAGCACAUGUGCAUGGCGAUGCGCGGCGUGCAGAAGCAAGGCGCAAGCACCGUGACGAGUUGCAUGCUCGGUGUGUUCCGCAACCGCCAAAAGACGCGUGAAGAAUUUUUGAGCCUCAUCCGUCACUAA